AUGUUACAGUGUAACGGUAACAAUGAGCAAAAGAUGGCUGAGGCUGCAAGUCAUCUAGCUCCAGCUUGUCUUGUAGCGGGUUCAGGCUCACCACAUCGGUUUCAUGCCGAUCAUGAUAAUGUCGGCAUAUCCUCCGUAGAGUCACUUCUUCGAGAACUAUGUCCCAGAAUAGUGUGUCUCGGUGGUACCCUUCCAGCCAUUCCACCAUCUCAAUGUCCCAGAUGUAGAAUGAAUCAAACAUGUAAUACUGUGGCAUGUCCAACGCUUAAUUGCACUGAACCAAUUCGAGCAAAUUUAUCCACUGAAUGUUGUGAUCAUUGUCCAAACCAUCCAGUGUUAACUACACUCGCACUGACAACGACUACUACUACUCAAAGUUAG